GCCUCGCUCACUGUAUCUUCGCAGGGGGUGUCCUAGACUAUUUAACCCUUGCCAAUUCCUCGAUUGCCUUCGAGUCCUCAAUCAGGCACCAUGGCUUCCUUCCAGAAAGCUGUCAUAUCGCUUUUGUUGAUCCUCUCGAUCACUUUUGUCUUCUUCGCCCAGUCUACUGAGGCUGUCAAGAGCCCUAAGAUCACCUCCAAGGUUUUCUUUGACAUUGAGCAAGAUGGUGAGAGCCUAGGCCGCAUUGUCAUUGGCCUUUACGGCAAGACUGUACCCAAGACUACCGAGAACUUCCGCGCUUUGGCUACUGGCGAGAAGGGCUUCGGUUAUGAGGGCUCUACUUUCCACCGUGUUAUCAAGGACUUCAUGAUCCAAGGUGGUGACUUCACCAAGGGCGAUGGCACCGGUGGCAAGUCCAUCUACGGCGAAAAGUUCCCCGACGAAAACUUCAAGCUCAAGCACACCCGCAAGGGUCUCCUCAGCAUGGCAAACGCGGGCAAGGACACAAAUGGAAGUCAAUUCUUCAUCACUACCGCCAUCACCAGCUGGCUCGAUGGCAAGCACGUCGUCUUUGGACAAGUGCUUGAGGGUUACGACGUUGUGGAGAAGAUCGAGAAUGUCCAGAAGGCUCCAGGAGACAGGCCUGUCAAGCCCGUCAAGAUUGCCAAGAGCGGCGAGCUCGAGGUACCAGCGGAAGAUUUAUAUGGCGAUGCAGAACCCGCCGAUCCUAGCGACAACCUCGAUGUCACAUCGUCAAAAGGUGGCGAUGAUGUCGCUAGCAUUGCAGAGCCUCCGAAGGCUUCUGCUGACAAGACUAAACUCGAGGGGCUGGCCUCUUCUGGUGCUUCUACAGAUGGCUUGACCCUGGGUCAGAAGCUCUUCUUUAUCGUAGCUAUUGUCGUGGCUUGCGCUCUUUUCCUGAGGUCAAGAAAGGGUGGCCUUAAAGAGAAAAGCAUGGCAUAGAUCGCUAUGAUAUACGAAUCAUUUAUCGGUUUA